UGGGGAGGAGCGGGGGGUGCCCUGGAUGGCCCUGCGCACUGGGACGGCUUGGUUUGGGCAGGUCCUGCGCAGAGUUUCCCGGCUUCAGGGCACCUGGUCCCGGCGCUCCAGCAGCCUCCUGUGCCUCUCUUCUUCGCAGGAGCCCGAGCAGGCGGGCGGGGAGCGACCGCCGCCGCAGCACAAGCUGCCCCGGAGCAGCGGCAGCGGCGGCGGGCGCCGCCGGCCCCCCCGGCAGCUGCUCCCCUGCUGUAGCUGCUGCGGCCUGUCGGAACCCCGGGCGGCCAGGGGGGGACAUGGUCCCCUCACUCGCCCCUUGCUGGCGGCCAUGAAGAGGCAGAACGUGCGGACCCUGUCCCUCAUCAUCUGCACGUUCACCUACCUGCUGGUCGGGGCUGCCGUCUUUGAUGCCCUGGAGUCCGACAACGAGAUGCGGGAGGAGGAGAAACUCAAAGCCGAGGAGAUCCGGCUCAAAGGAAAGUACAACAUCACCAGCGAGGACUACCGGCAGCUGGAGUUGGUGAUCAUGCAGUCCGAGCCGCACCGCGCAGGAGUCCAGUGGAAAUUCGCCGGCUCCUUCUACUUUGCCAUCACGGUCAUCACGACCAUCGGUUACGGACAUGCUGCCCCAGGGACGGAUGCGGGGAAGGCGUUCUGCAUGUUCUACGCAGUGCUGGGGAUCCCACUGACACUCGUCAUGUUCCAGAGCCUGGGCGAGCGCAUGAACACCUUCGUCAAGUACCUCUUGAAACGCAUCAAAAAGUGCUGUGGCAUGAGGAGCACCGAGGUCUCCAUGGAAAACAUGGUCACUGUGGGUUUCUUCUCCUGCAUGGGGACACUCUGCAUUGGAGCAGCAGCCUUUUCCCAGUACGAGGAAUGGAGCUUUUUCCAUGCUUACUAUUACUGCUUUAUAACAUUGACUACGAUAGGGUUUGGAGACUAUGUGGCCCUGCAGACCAAAGGGGCCCUUCAAAAGAAGCCUCUCUACGUGGCUUUUAGCUUUAUGUACAUUCUAGUGGGGUUGACAGUCAUUGGGGCAUUUCUAAAUCUGGUUGUUCUCAGGUUCUUGACCAUGAACAGUGAGGAUGAGAGGAGGGAUGCCGAGGAACGGGCGUCCCUGGCAGGGAACCGCAACAGCAUGAUUAUCCACAUCCAAGAGGACUCCCAGCAUGGUCGGCCACGGUACAAGGCCGAAGUAACAGACCUUCAGUCAGUUUGUUCCUGCAUGUGUUACAGGUCCCAUGAGUACACCAGCCGGGUGGUGUCCCACCAAAAUUCGUUCAGCUCGAAGCUGAACCCCCAGUACUUUCACUCCAUCUCUUACAAGAUAGAGGAGAUCUCGCCAAGCACAUUGAAAAACAGCCUUUUCCCAUCUCCUGUCAGCUCCAUCUCACCUGGGUUGCACAGCUUUACAGAUAACCACAGGCUGAUGAAACGGCGAAAGUCCAUUUAAAGGGAUUUGUCUCAUUUUGCUUUCCUUGUUUUUCCCAGUUCUCUGUUGUUUUGGGUUUUUUGUUCCUUGAGUGAGACGGAGCGAGGCCAAAGGGAGUAGAGCAAGCCAGUCCUCCUCUGAGACUCAGCUCUUGAGCAUGAAGCAUGGAUUAUUACUGUUCCAGCAAAGUAUGCCUUACAUUACCCCCUUGGUGGAUGUCAGAGGAUUCAAGGUGACGUGAAGUGGGUACCAAAUCCAAAGUUGCACACACAGCUGGGAGCCUUCAUGUGCCACUGGCACUCCUGACCUAACAAACUUCUUUCCUCACGAGCAGGUUGCAGUGUGUGUGCGUGUGCCUGUGUGAGUGCCGGGUGCGUGUGCGUGUGUGUGUGUGCAAUUCCACAACCAGUGCCAUGUGACAAAAAUUAAAGCAUCAGGUAUUAUUUUUUCUUUUGCCCUUGAAGCAGUUGUGUUCCAGCCUGCUUUUUUAGAUUGCUUC